GUCCGUUCGCCGUUUAGUUGCUCCACUAGCGCAGUCAGUGGUGUUAAAGUUUAGCCAAGUUUGUUCGAACUCGCGUCAUCGUCGUCGUUGUCGUUGUCGAGCGAAAACCGAAGCAGCGCGGUGUGCCAUACUGAGUGGUCUGAGGGUGGUCAAGUUUGCGCGUGGAGCCGAGUUGGAUCGACGCUGCCGUAAGCUGGUUUACUCUUGAAGUGUCUCUCUAGCGAGCAAGUUGCCUUUUCCCGAGCCGCCCUCUCGGUUGGAGAAGAAACGGAAAUCGAUAUUGUUGGCUCCCGUCUCCGUCUAUCGAAUUUAGUUAAAUUUGUCUUGAAGUUACACACGCAUCGACCACUCGACUGAAACUCAAAACUCGCAACGCGCCAAACCGCAAAAUGAAGAACCUACUGCAGGUGAUAGUCGUGAUAGCGUGCAGUGCGCUGGCCGUGAUGGCCAUCCCAGUGCCAGAACCGAACCCGGACCCAGCGCCCGCGCCCGCACCCGAACCAAAGACCGACAUCGAACUGAUGAAGAUUCCCCUGGAAGGGGAUCAGGAACUAGACGUCAUCACACUGGUCAGCUCUGAUGAUCAGAAAAUCAACGAACGGAACAAACGAACGAUCGGCAUCCUCCGGGAGCUGUUCCCAACGAUCUCGCAGAUUCUGGAUCAGAAAAUCCAGAUGAUCACGUCCUAUCUGUUCCGCACCCUGGGACCGAUUUUGUUACGUAGCGGCCUUGGUGGCGGUGCUGGUGGCAAUGCUGGAGGUCGCGACUCUAAAGAUGAUGAUUUCGACGCUGAUUUUGAUGAUGAUGAUGAUGAUGAUAAGGCCACCGACAGCGAAAAAAGUGACUCCGGAAGCAACGGCAGCGAUGGUGGAAGCAAAGUGAGCAUCUCGUUGCCCACGUUCCCCCCGAGCGACGACAACGACGAUGGCGAGAAAACCACUGCGACCAGCAGUAGCACUUCCGAUGAGAAUGAAAUUCGUAAACGGGCAGCUGCCAGACUGGUGUCAACGCCGUCGUCGUCGUUAUCGGGCACCGAUCCCACAACUACGGCACUUUCCGCCGAUACGGCAGCACCAAGCACAGACACCAACACCGGAAGCAGUAACAGCGCUGAGCAGGACUCAGCCACGACGACACAAAACGCACAAAUCAGCACCGAUUCCAACCUGAUCACCUCCAACCAGGACAUGAACACGCUGGAAUCACUGGAUCUGGCCGGACUGAGUGACACCCUGAAUGCGAUCCGCAGGGCCCGCGCCACCGACCAGGACGUCAAAACGGUCGAAGGAAACGACGAACCGUCGGACGCGUCCGCCAAGAGCUCCGCCCUCGACGAACUAUCACUGGACUCCGAAGGCAACGACGAGGAUCGAAACAAAAGAUUUCUCUUCGGCGGUUCCUCGGGUGGAUCAGGUGGAUCCGGAAACUUCCUCUUUGACAUCAUUCGUCAAACGGCCGAUCGUGCCGCACGUGCCGCUGGAACCGUGUACCGUGUCGUCGCUGGCACCGAGUCAUUGACCACCGACAACAAGAAUAAGAACAACAACAACAACAAGAACGACGAUGGACGACUUUCGCUCACCACUAGUUACUCUUCCUCCUCUUCUAGCCAUUCUGCGCUCGUCUCGGGCAGUUCCGGUACCGAGCAGAGCGACGAAAAGGCCAACUCCCCCGAUGACGACCACGAGCUCGGCAAGGGAGACGGCUACACCGAAGGAAUUCCCGGACCGGUGACGCGCCUGUUCGUGCUCGCCAACCGUGGCCUGUCCAACCUGAUUCAGGAUUUGAUUCUGCGAAUCGCCCAAACCAGUGAACGAGUGGUUAACUUCAAGGCACGUUUGAUUACGUCACUCAUCUAAGGUUGCAGAUCCUACCCACAUCAACCCAUCCCCCGAGUGCCGACCGUCUUCAUGCGAGAUCUCCUCUCCAUCUUCACGUCUAUCUAUCCAGAUUUCCCGAGUUCAUUCGUAGAUCUUUAGAAGGAAUCAACGAAACCGCACAUCACCCCCAAACAACCGAAACCCGUUGAAAUUCUAUCGUUAGCUAUUUCUUUCUCUAAACCGUGGUGGUUCGAGUCUUGGCAAAGGUGAGCCCCGGAUCAGCAAUCAUCCGUCAUUCCAAAUCUCCGUUCAGUGCACUCGCAAAUGUUGUAAAUACAAGACUUGAGUCCCCAGUAGCCCGUGGGCCCCCCAAGACACGAACCGCCAGCCUUCUAUCGAAAAGACGAGGGUGUGUGUGAACUAGCUCAAAACUGCAACUCCUGUUGUUUGUGUAACUGUAUAUUCAAAGUAACAAACGAAACGAGACAAAUCUUAUAAGGCUGGAAAAGGAUACUUGUGUUUUGUUUUUAUGUUUAGUUUGUAGGUGUAUUUUAUUCUCUUCCACUGGAAACUGGUUUCCGUAACAUUCAUUUACGGUUAGGAACGAAACUAAACUUUCCCAAAAAAUACAGAAACACUGGCAGACAGUGACAGUUUUUAUUCGUAACACCAUUAUCCUAAAAGGUGAAAAAUCAUUCCAAUAAAAAGUGUCAUUUUCCUCCAGUGUUUCCCUCUCAUCUGGUGUCUUCUAUUCCGACAUCGGCCUUUUAAACUUUUCCACAUAAAACGAUUGCUCAAUUUUAUUAACUCUAAACAUUCUACCGCAUCUCCAUUAGGUUAGACUUCCAUCUAUUGUCAUUCUUUUCUUUCAAAAACUAAAAAAAACUGCGGCUGUCAUAUCCUGCUUCACAUUGUGACACAUUCAUCCCAAAUGUUUGUGCAUGCUUGUGAGUUGUAAAUAUCGCUCUUUCUAUUGUAAAAAAUCAUCAACCCUAACUGCAACAAAAGCCAGCCAUCCCCAUGAUGUGCGCAUGAUUGCGUGAAUAACGAGAGCAAGAGCGAAUGCAAGAGGAGUCUAAUCUUUUCCAACUUCCAUUCAAACUGAUAUUAGUUAAGGUUAGGAGAGUUAGGGUGAGCGCUCGAAUUGUCACACCCAUUGUAUUCUGUCAGAGGAAUAAAUCUUUUGUAAAUAGUUUUAUCCGAGUAAAAAAAAGCUUUUCCUAUUGCUUUCCUCUACUGCCUUGGAAUUCUGCUUCGAGCUUUUAUCGACUUUCUAUUUUCAAUCCUUUUAGAGAAAUACUACUUUCGAUGAACCAGUGCAAAAUUUAAAACGGAUAUUUCUCAAGCUUCUAGGCGAAUGAGUCAAGUGUCUCUAUUGUGUAAUAGGAAGAAGGAAUCAAAUUGUUAGCAAGUUAGUUUUAAUUCUGUCGUCAUGUUGCGUAGGAGAGAGCAAACAGGUGAUCAUUGUGUACUUUUAUUGAACAGACAUCAUUAUUGGAAAUAGUGCUUUAUUUUCUCCGUCCAGGCAUAUGUUAGGAAGCCAAGUAAAAGAGAAAUGUUGUAAACUUGGAAUUGUCCCAGAAAGGGGCGGUUUAUAAAAUUAGAAUGGAAAACAGUAAAAUUUCAAUAAAUGGAUAUUGUAUUUAAA